AUGAAGAUUGGGCUUGCGCUAGCGCUGCCCUUGCAGCUGCACGUCGACAACCAGGCGGCUAAAAGCCAGAGAGCUGGCGAAGCGUCGUCGUUGAAGGCAAAGCACGUGAACGUCCGCUAA